CCGUGGGGUAUUGCCGAUAUCCCCCACCGCCCCCCUUUUCCGCUCUCUGCUCCCCUCGCCGGGCCGCUCGGCGCUGUGGUGACCGGGAGCCGCGGGGCCGCCGCCGAGGGGCACCGCCGCGGGCUCAGGUGUUGAUACCCUACUGGAAAUAUGGGGUCUGAAAAUCCAAGUCCACAGAACCCUGGCUGUAAGAUCAUGACCUUUCGUCCCACCCUUGAGGAGUUUCGGGACUUCGGGAAGUAUGUUGCCUUCAUUGAAUCCCAAGGAGCUCACCGAGCAGGGCUUGCCAAGGUGAUACCUCCCAAGGAAUGGAAACCUCGAAAAACCUAUGAUGAUAUAGAUGAUAUGGUUAUCCCAGCUCCUAUUCAGCAGGUGGUUACUGGGCAAUCAGGGUUAUUCACCCAGUAUAAUAUACAGAAGAAACCGAUGACUGUGGGAGAGUACCGACGUUUGGCUAAUAGCGAGAAGUAUUGUACUCCUCGCCAUCAAGAUUUUGAAGAUUUGGAGCGUAAGUACUGGAAGAAUCUCACAUUUGUCUCACCAAUUUAUGGGGCUGAUAUCAGCGGCUCACUAUAUGAUUCAGAUGUGGAAGAAUGGAAUAUUGGCAAUCUGAACACCCUCUUAGACAUGGUAGAACAUGAGUGUGGUAUUAUCAUAGAAGGUGUGAACACUCCCUACCUCUACUUUGGGAUGUGGAAGACAACGUUUGCUUGGCAUACGGAGGACAUGGAUCUUUAUAGUAUCAACUACUUGCAUUUUGGCGAGCCAAAAUCCUGGUAUGCCAUACCUCCAGAACAUGGCAAGAGAUUGGAACGACUGGCAAAAGGAUUUUUUCCAGGAAGCUCUCAGGGAUGCGAUGCUUUCCUCCGUCACAAGAUGACCCUUAUUUCGCCCUCAAUCUUGAAGAAGUACGGCAUUCCUUUUGACCGGAUCACACAGGAAGCUGGAGAAUUUAUGAUUACAUUUCCUUAUGGUUACCAUGCUGGCUUCAAUCACGGCUUCAACUGUGCUGAGUCUACCAACUUUGCCACUUUGCGGUGGAUUGACUAUGGAAAAAUGGCAACCCAAUGUACUUGCCGCAAAGACAUGGUGAAGAUUUCCAUGGAUGUCUUUGUGAGGGUUCUGCAACCCGAACGUUACGAUUUAUGGAAACAAGGGAAAGACAUUGCUGUCCUGGACCACAUGAAACCAACAGCUCUGACUAGCCCAGAAUUGGAUGCCUGGAAUGAGACGAAGGCUGAUUUGAAGGCUAAAUUGCUUCGCAGGAUAGGAGAUGAGGAAGAGGACAACAAACACCGGUCUCACAGAAAAAGAAGUCAACCCAGGAGGCAUAAAACAGAGGAUCAGAAGUCUCUUGGGGAUGUCAUGGCUAUUGAAACUGCCUUGGAAGAUGUGAAAGUAAAAGAGGAACUGAAAAGAGGGCCAGAUCUAGAGGAAGAGGAGAGAAGCAAAGUGGUGGAGGGAGGAGAAGGUGACUGCAAAGUAAAAACCCGUCCCCCAAAAGUAAAGGGUGAGAGGAAGAAGAAGCAUCUUCUUCAUCAACACCAGCACCAUCUGCAAGCACCUCAACCUCCUCUGCAGCAGCAGCAGCAGCUGCCGCUCCCAAUGCCACCAGCUGCAUCACAGCAGCAACUGGCAGAAGAGGCAUCAGCAGCACGGCCACCGAUACCCACAGCAGCGCCCACGUCAUCCACAGCAGAGAAGAGCUUGCCCCCAGCUCCCCUGAAUGUUAUCCAGCCCUCAGAGGCACCAGUUGAGGAAGAAGAGUUUAAGCCUCGACCCAUCAUUCCUAUGCUUUAUGUGGUUCCAAGGACCAAAAAGGUGGUGUUUGACAAAGAGCGCAUGUCCUGCCAGCAGGCAUUUGAGCAGUUUGCCACACAAAAGAGUCCUGGAUGGCGGGAACAGACGGUCCCUUUGGAAAUUCCUGUGAAGGAGGAGGCGAAUGCAGAAGCAGAAAAUGCAGAGGUUGCUACAGCAGUCAGUGAUUUACAGACUGCUGCUGCUUUUUCAAAAAUGAAGAUGGAGAUCAAGAAAAGUCGCCGUCAUCCACUGGGCAAACCACCAACUCGCUCCCCGUUGUCCGUCGUUAAACAGGAGACUUCGAGUGACGAGGAAACAUUUCCAUUUUCUGGGGAGGAAGAUGUGAGUGACCCAGAGGCUUUGAAAUCUUUACUUUCCUUCCAGUGGAAGAAUAAAGCACAUAAUUUCCCAGCUGAGAGAAAAUUCAAUGCAGCUGCUGCCCUGAGUGAGCCAUACUGUGCUGUUUGUACCCUCUUUUACCCAUACAACCAGUCCUUACAGGUGGAUAAAGAGGCUGUCCACGUCUCUGGAGGGGAGACCACCUCCUUCCUCCACCUUUCCAAGUGCGGACAAAAGACCAAGCCUCUGAUCCCAGAGAUGUGCUUUACCUCAAGCGGAGAAAAUACAGAGCCCCUUCCUUCAAAUUCAUACAUUGGGGAAGAUGGAACCAGCCUCUUGAUAUCCUGUGCCAAGUGCUGCCUGCAGGUUCAUGCUAGCUGUUAUGGAAUACGUCCUGAUUUGGUGAAUGAAAGUUGGUCUUGUUCACGGUGCUCGGCCAGUGCGUGGGCAGCGGAAUGUUGCCUGUGUAAUCUCAGGGGAGGAGCUCUUCAGAUGACCACUGAUGGGCGAUGGAUCCAUAUAAUCUGUGCUAUUGCUGUCCCUGAGGCCCGUUUUCUCAAUGUAAUAGAGCGUCAUCCUGUGGAUAUCAGUGCUAUUCCAGAGCAAAGAUGGAAGCUGAAAUGUGUGUACUGUCGGAAGCGAAUGAAGAAAGUGUCUGGUGCCUGCAUCCAGUGCUCGUAUGAGCACUGCUCCACUUCCUUCCAUGUGACCUGCGCGCACGCUGCUGGUGUACCCAUGGAACCAGACGACUGGCCCUAUGUCGUGUCCAUCACUUGCUUCAAGCACAAAGCAGCUAACCACAGUAUCCCAUUUCGGAGGGAGGUAACUCUUGGUCAGACUGUGAUCACAAAGAACCGGAAUGGACUCUACUACAGAUGUAAAGUGAUUGGCAUGACAACACAGACUUUCUAUGAAGUAAACUUUGAUGAUGGUUCCUACAGUGACAACGUUUAUCCAGAAAGCAUUACUAGCAGGGAUUGCAUCCAAAUGGGACCCCCUCCAGAGGGUGAGCUGGUUCAACUGCAGUGGACAGAUGGAAUCAUCUAUAAAGCCAAGUUUAUUGCAGCCCAGAUAAGUCAGAUUUAUCAGGUGGAGUUUGAAGAUGGUUCCCAACUAAUGGUAAAGCGUAGUGAUAUUUAUACCUUGGAGGAAGAGCUUCCUAAGAGAGUGAAGUCUCGCCUGUCCCUCAGCACAGGGGCCCCUCAGGAAGACGUAUUUUCGGGAGAUGAAGUGAAAGCAGCCAAGCGCCCCCGGGUGGGGAAUUCCAGGAAUCCUGAAGAUUACGGACAAAACUCAGAUUACUUGGCCUUUAUGGAGAGCCUGUUGCAGACACAGUACCAGCCUGGAACUCAGAGCAACAUGUUUUAACCAGGAUUCAUUAAAUACGACAUUAACCCUUUUCAACCCUGCGGAAAAAUAACCAGGAAACUGUGGAAUAGAAGGCCAGCCUGGUGCAGUAGCCUGCUGUGAAUUCCUUUCAUCUACUCUUGGUUUGGACUGCGAGAAAAUCCUGUAUGGCUACAUGCUACCUCUACUUUGCCAGACUUGUUGCUCACCAAUAGAAUAGAGAGCUUGAGACCCCUUCAGACCCUCCUUUCACAUGGAGACUUUGGAAGAGUUUGUUCUAAUGGAGCUCCGUGACUGGCUCCUUUUUAUAAGGCUUGGAAAGGGUUAAAAUUUGACAAAAAUGACUUUUUAAACCAUGUCAAACUCUUUUGUCUUUAAAGGUGCUAUUUCAUUGACUACUGAAGCAGCCUUUGGAAUUGUGAUUUCUGUACAUAUAAGUCACCUUUGUGAAGUUUUCUAUAAAUAAGCAUUAUUAAAAAAAAAGUGCAAACAAAAAAUAGGAAAAUGAAAGUUUCCACAAACAUUUUUCUAGAUUAUGGCUUUAAAACAGAAAAUGAAUAAAAUCCUCCCUGCCACCCCCAAUGAAAUGUGACUAAUACUAUGAGGGGAGAGCAAGAGCAGGUGUCCUGGGAAGUCCAGGGUUCUUUUUUGUAAAGAAACACUAUCUUCUUUGUAAUCUGGGGAAGAUGGGGAGAGAAAUAUUUCAUAGCUGGGAUGUUUCUUAAAGACAGUUCUGUUUAAAGACAUGCGAUAGAUGCGCGCAUUUCUGCCAUGUCACCAGGAAGGGGCUUAGGGAAGAAACAGCCAAGUUUUGGUCCUUCUUGUUGUCUUCCUUCCCCAUCUUUGCCAUCACGGUUGCUUUCUAGUUAAAAAUCAGCAUGGCUUUCAGUUAAAAUACGCCACUGGGUUUUGGCAAGUGUUCUGUUGCUGCUUCUUGUGUUAGCUCCUUUACGAGCCAUUCCCCUUCCCCACUGCAGACUAGAGCAUAAGGGACAGUUCUAGCGCUCUGGUAGGCAUGUCUCCCAUAGGAACCUUUUUCUUUUCUUUGUCCCCACCUUUUUUUUUGAGUUGUGCUCUUUACAGUUGUGAGAAUCAUUCCAUAACAGAAGCCUGGGAGGUGUUUGUAUGUUUUUUUUUUUCUUUUAUCCUAUUAAAGAAGAAAUUCCCUAAA